AUGGCUGCGGUGGUGGUGGUUGAGGAAGAGGGCGAUGGGGAAGAUUUGAGUGGGCUGUUGGGGGAAGAGUACAAGGGGAGGAAGUGGAGGGGUUCGACGAGAUUGGUGCUUUUGGAUGAGCGGUACUCUAAUAGAGUUGCGGAGGAAAUGCCUGAGGCAAUUAAGGCCGUGUUAAUAGAAGGUGGUAAGAAAAGUACAACAUCAACAUUUGAACUUGUGAGAUGCAAGCUUACUUUGUUUUAUAGUUACUGGCAGAAGAAUGAGAUCUUAGAGGCUGUGCUACCAAAAGAUAUGAUUAUUCCUUCCGCUUUUGAGACAGUGGGGCACAUUGCCCACCUGAAUCUGAGGGACGAGCAUCUUCCAUAUAAGAAGCUUAUCGCGAGGGUAGUUCUGGAUAAAAACCAACCAAAGAUUCAAACUGUUGUCAAUAAGAUAGAUGCCAUUCACAAUGACUACAGAACAAUGCAGCUUGAAGUUUUAGCUGGAAAUCGUUCCCUUGUGAGUACAGUAGUUGAGAAUGGACUGCGUUUUCAUGUUGAUUUAGCGACAGUGUAA